UUUCAUACUUUUAUCAGUCCUGAAUCCCACAACCUGCGGGCCACCUCUGAUCUCCUUGCUCUAAGGUAAAGGCCUAGUUCCUCUUCCUGCACCUCCACCCAUCCCCCAGUGGACUGGUACUCCCGCCCUCCCCUCCCCCAAGGAGGGUGGUGGUCUUGUGUAAACUCUGGGUCAAACUCUUGGAGAUCCUGGAUUCUGAGGGAGGAGUUUUCCCUGCAUUCUGCAGCCUAGCUGGUAGAAGGUACGUGGAAUUACUCAGAGAAGAAAUGUGAAUGAGACAGAAAAAGACAUGGCUUUUAGCCUCCUGCAUCCGAAUCAGUUGUGAAUGUUUAUUCCUGGUGGAUCUUCCAAACCUGACUCAUCUCCCUACCUGUUGUCAACAGCUUUCCCUGCUGAUCACAGAACCACAGACCUCAGACCACACACUUACCACAGGUGCAUGCACCAGACACUCUGGCAUGAGACUCAGAGAGCACAGCUUCAGACUUUACCUGGUUCUAGUUUUGUCCCUGCCAAGUCCCAGCCCCUGAGCUGCUCGAGCCAGGGUUGGGGAAGUGCCUUCCUGGCUAUUUAGGGUCAACUAAGUGUGGCUGGGAGUUUUGUACACCAGCCAAGCAGGGAAGUUGCUAUUUCCUGUGGCGAGUUUUGGGGCCAGGCAGCCACACUGAGUCUCGGAGCUCCCCGAAGCUCUUCAGGGCUUAAGAGCCAGGUAGGAAGAUGUAGACUUAGAUCCAGUGAGCCUGCAGAAGUGGUUAUGCCUGUGCGUGUGAAGGGUGGGUGUUAAGUGAUACAGCUGACCUUGGGGCUUGGGGAAGUGGGAAGCCUGAGAGGCUAAGAUGGUAAUGGGCCGGUGUAGCAUUGAGCGUAAAAAGGUCACGAUUCAAUUUGGGGUCCCCAGUACCAAUGACUAUUGACUCCUUGGGCAUUGUUCUGGAGAAAAUAAAGUCUUGGCUUUAUAGAGAGUUAGCUGUGAAGGGUGGAAGGGGACCACAGUCCACCCCUAGGCAAGACAGUGCUGAUCUGCAAGAGACUGAUAUGUGUCACCCCCUUAGGGGCCUUAGUUGGGUGAGGUGGACAGAAGACCCCAGUGAGUUCGGAGAGGGGCCUGGGGAUCCUGUCCACUUUGAGCAUUGGGUCACGGGCAGAGCAGCCUGCUUGGGAUUGGGCUUCCUAGUUGGAGCAGAACUGAAAGUGAAAUCGUGGUUGGGAGCUUUUCCCAGCAGCUGACUGCAUCCUGCUUUUCCCAGAAGGAGGCUGUCAGCGGGGAGUGUUGCUUCCCAGGUAAGUCCCUGGCUCUUUGUGCCUGUCUCCCCCUUCCUAACGGGUAGGAUUGGAUUGGGGCACCUUUAUAGAAAUGCUCUUUGGAGCUGGUAUAAGAGGAAAUUGUUACUAGGUAACAAUAGCAGUGUCUUAAGUGCCCAGCGUGUGGCCCUAGGCCUGCCCUCUGAAGUUCCAAAGGCUGAAACGGAUGUCAGUAACACUGUCUGAGGUAAGGAACCUGAGAAGAUGUGGGGUUGGCUGAACUUUACUCACCUUUUUCCAGAGGAAGGUACAGCUAUCAGACCUGCUUGCUCCUGACACAUUCAUCAUGACCAUGAGACCCUGCUGGACAGCAGGUGGGACGUGGGGCUCUGUGGGGUCUUCCUAAUGGGUGGAGCACCAUGGCUUUGAGCUUCUGUGGAGCUGCUCUGGCUCUGACUCCAUCUCAAGGCUUCUUUGCACCACAUUCAGCAGGGCUGAAGGGUCUCCACCCACUCUGAUGCCUGGUCACAGUCUAGGAGUAUCUUUCACCACUCAAGUAGCAGCUUGUCUCUGACCAAAGUAGAUGCUAGGAUGCUGAGCUUUACAUCUGUAACUAUCUGUUCCUCAGACCCCAAUUCUUGGUGGGUCCUGCUUCUGUAUGUCCAUGUUGUCAUUCUGGCCAGAGCCACAUCUGCACCUCAGACAACUGCCACUGUCUUUACUGGGAGCUCAAAGGACCCAUGCUCAUCCUGGUCUCCAGAAGUUCUGACUAAGCGGUACCCAGCACUGGACGUGAUCUGGCCAGAGGAAGAAGUGCCACUGAAUGGAACGCUGACCUUGUCCUGUACUGCCUGCAGCCGCUUCCCCUACUUCAGCCUCCUCUACUGGCUGGGCAAUGGUUCCUUCAUUGAGCACCUCCCUGGCCGGCUGAGGGAGGGUCCCACAAGUCGGGAGCACAGGAAUACAAGCACCUGGCUACAGAGAGCCUUGGUGCUGGAGGAACUGAACCCCACCCUACGAAGCACCAACUUCUCCUGUUUGUUUGUGGACCCUGUACAGGUGGCCCAGUAUCACAUCGUUCUGGCCCAGCUCUGGGAUGGGUUGAAGACAAUCCCGUCCCCUUCUCAGGAAAUCCUCUCCAGCCACAGCCCAGGACCCACAUCAGCAGGGCCAGGGGUUAGCAUGAAGCCAGCCACGGCCUUGACUGGAGCCUAGCUCCCAUCUACUUGGAGGGUGAAGUCUCCACCAUAGGCUCUGCUUGCUCCUGUGCAGCUGAGCCUUAAACUCAAGCUUCAUUUCUACCUAGAAUAUCACAGUAAUUAAAUCAGGCCCUUAGAAUUCC